ACGUUCCAAGAGGCGGUGCUUUUCUCAGGGUAUCCCGUGCCACCGAAGCAAGGCGCUUUUGUUUUUCCUGCGAAAAAAUGUCGGAAAAGACCAAACCAAAACAAAAAAUACACUCCAACAAGCGCUUCCAGUUUCUUCACAGCAAGAUAUCUGUAUAUUGAUAGUCCUCCUGGAUAUUUUUUAGACACGAUUUGCACCCCGAUGGUGUUUUUUUAAUUGUUAGAUUGCUCGAUAGUUCUUGGGAGCAGCCGAGAUUGUAAGGCGGAACAGGAUUUUAUGGGAAAGGGUGAACUUGUGAGGAUGUUACUUUGGCAAUGGAAGAACGAAUACGGAUUGGAAAUGACGCCGAUAUUUUCUAUAAUUAGCUCUAAUCUGGGACCUUAACUGGUCAUAGCCAUAUUUGCAAGGUGAAAACGGGUGUUGCUGGAAACGUAUCUUCCAGAAUUGCUCCAAAGUGUUGACAGGGUUGGAAUUGAAAAUGGCGGCCGGGCGGCCCACCCCCCCGGCGUUGCUCCUGCUGGUCCUGAGCGUCGUAGGUCUGGACUCCUGCCCGACUCCGUGCUCCUGUCCCGGCCCCACCAACAAAGCUCACCUGCUGGACUGCAGCCGGAAAAGGUUGUCGGCAGUCCCGGGGAACCCGCCUGCGUGGAUCACCCAGCUCAAUAUGAAUAACAAUGAAUUCACCUCGAUUCCAUUCCUGGGAGAUGUGACUUAUAACAUCACCACUCUGUCACUAGUCCACAACCGCAUUUCAGAACUGGUGACCCAGCAGCUGCAGUCCUAUGUCUCACUGGAGUCGCUAGAUCUCAGCUCCAACUCCAUCUCUGAGCUGAAGGCUGGGGCCUUUCCUCCCAUGCAGCUUAAGUACCUGAAUUUAAGCAAUAAUAAGAUCAGUAACCUGGAACCUGGCUGCCUUGACAAUGUGUCCCACUCCCUGCUGGUCCUGAAGCUGAAUAGAAACAGGAUCUCUGCACUACCCCAGAAAGGCUUCAGGCUCUCUCAGUUGCACUUCCUGGAGCUGAAGCGGAACAGGAUAAAGACCGUGGAGAGUUUGACCUUCAAAGGGCUGGACUCGCUGAAGUCGCUGAAGAUGCAGAGGAACGGCAUCACCAAGCUGAUGGACGGGGCCUUCUUCGGCCUCAGUGGCAUGGAGGAGCUGGAGCUGGAGCACAAUAACCUGACGGAGGUGACGAAGGGCUGGCUGUACGGCCUGCGGGGCCUACGCUCGCUCCGCCUGGCGCACAACGCGAUCAGCAGCAUCCGCCCGGACGCCUGGGAGUUCUGCCAGCGCCUGGAGGACCUUGAUCUGUCUCAGAACCAGCUGAGUCGGUUGGAGGAGAAGGCCUUUGCUGGGCUGGGCCUGCUGGAGAAGCUCAACCUGGGGGAGAACGCCAUCAGUCACCUGGGGGAGGGAGUGUUCAGCACGCUGGCCAACCUGCGCACGCUAGAUAUACGAAAUAAUGAGAUCUCCUGGGCUAUUGAAGACUCCAUCGGGGUGUUUGAUGGAAUGAAGAAGCUGAACACACUGGUUCUGCAGAGAAACGGUAUCAAAUCCAUCACCAGGAAGGCCUUCGAUGGGCUGGAGGCCCUGGAGCACCUGGACUUGAGUAAGAAUGGGAUCAUGUCCGUGCACCCCGAGGCUUUCUCCCACAUGAAGCUGAAGACCCUGCUGCUGAACUCCAGCAGUCUGCUGUGUGACUGCCAGCUGCAGUGGAUGGGCGGAUGGCUGACCGCCAGCGGCUUCCAGCACUCGGUCGCGGCCGUCUGUGCCCACCCGGCCAGCCUGCUGGGCCGCCCCGUCCUGUCUGUGAGCCCGGACCUGUUCGUCUGUGAUGACUUUCCAAAGCCCCGGAUCGCGGAGCACCCGGAGACGAUGGUGGCGCUGAGGGGGACCAACGUGACCCUGAGUUGCCGGGCGACGAGCAGCAGCGACUCCUCCAUGAGCACGGCCUGGCGCAAGGACGGGGAGCUGCUCUACGAUGCCCAGGUGCAGAACUUCGCCCGCUACCAGCAGGGGGAGCUGGUGUACACCACCGUACUGCACCUGCUCAACGUCAACUUCACCGAUGAAGGCCGCUACCAGUGCGUGGUCACCAAUCACUUCGGCUCCAACUACUCCAGUUGGGCCAAGCUCACUGUCAACGAGCUGCCGUCCUUCCUGAAGACGCCGAUGGACCUGACCAUCCGCACAGGCACCAUGGCGCGGCUGGAGUGUGCGGCUGAGGGCCAUCCUGCGCCCCAGAUCGCCUGGCAGAAGGACGGGGGCACAGACUUCCCCGCUGCCCGCGAGCGCCGCAUGCACGUCAUGCCCGAUGAUGACAUCUUCUUCAUCGCCAACGUGAAGACCGAGGACAUGGGCGUGUACAGCUGCACUGCCCAGAACGCGGCCGGCAGCCUCUCGGCUAACGCCACACUCACUGUGCUGGAAACGCCGUCCUUCCUGCGCCCCCUGGAGGACCGCACAGUGGCGCGCGGCGAGACGGCGGUCCUGCAGUGCAUCGCGGGCGGAAGCCCCGCCCCCCGCCUCAACUGGACCAAGGACGACGGGCCGCUGGUCCUGACCGAGCGCCACUUCUUUGCCGCUGCCAACCAGCUGCUGAUCAUCGUGGACGCGGGUCCCGCCGACGUGGGCAAGUACACCUGCAGCAUGUCCAACACGCUGGGCACCGAGCGCGGGCACGUCUACCUCAGCCUGUCCCCCGCCCCCAACUGCGACCCGCCCGCCGCCUACACGCAGGACGGCUGGACCACCGCCGGCAUCGUCAUCAUCGUGGUGGUGUGCUGCGUGGUGGGGACCUCGCUCGUAUGGGUCAUCGUCAUCUACCACAUGAGGAGGCGGAGUGAAGACUACAGCAUCACGCACACAGAUGAGAUGAACCUGCCAGCGGACAUCCCCAGCUACCUCUCCUCCCAGGGCACGCUGUCUGAGCCCCAGGACGGCUUCAGCGGCUCUGAGGCGGGCAGCCACCAGCAGCUCAUGCCCCCGCUGCCCAACGGCUGUGCGCACAAGGGCCCCGACGGUGUGUGCUACGGGGACACGGCGGGUGGUGAGGCAGAUUCGGAGGGGAGUGGGGUUCUGCAGGCCCGUGUGGGGUCCCUGUUCCCCCGGCACAGCAGCUUGCACCCUGCAGACCCUCGGGACGGGCUGUCCGGGCCCCCCGCGGGUGGUGCCGGCUCGUUGGUGAUCUGUUCAGAUUGCUAUGACAACGCUAACAUCUACUCGCGCACGCGGGAGUACUGUCCGUACGCCUACCUGGCAGAAGACGACGCGCUGGAAAAAGGUGCGGCCGGCGAGGGGGCCCUGGGGCCGGAGCCAACGCGGGACGGCCUCCUCCACAGCCAGGACCCCCCCGCCAUCUUCCACAGCCAGGACCCCCCCGCCAUCUUCCACAACCAGGACCCCCCCGCCAUGUUCUGCUCCAGCGGCCACGGCGAUGUCCCUCGGUCGUUUUGGGGGGACAGCCCUUCCUCUCUGGGGGGGGGACCCCAGGGACGUUCUCGGCUGGCGGUCAGCGUUCAUGAGGAGCCCCGACUCGGUGGGGGGGGGCGGCGCAGCGAUGCGGAGGGUGUCCCGGACAGAGAGGCCCUUCCUGGCCCCCGCACACAGGACCACUGCACUGCCUCCAACAGGACUAACCCCCCCCAGGAGCACAGGGGUCCCACAUAGAGCCCCCCCUUACCACCUCCUCCUGACCUUCCCUCUGUCACUGCAUCUACACACACACACUCACAUACACACACACACACUCACAUACCCUCUCACACACACAAACACUCACACACACACACACCCUCUCAUGCUCACACACACACACACACACACUCAAAUACCCUCUCACACAUACACACUCACAUACCCUCUCACAGGCACGCACAUACACACACACACACACACAGGGACAGAGGGAUGUCUUGCUAUCUGCAGUUUUCUAUGUUUACAUUCCCCCAGUGACCUUCGUCUCCUUUUUUAAACUCUACUCUAAGCUGGAAAAACAGCGGCUGGACAGGUAGUCUUCAGUCCAACACCCUGCAGCCAUGCCUGGGCGGGGCAGCGGGUGGGGCAGUGGCAGGGCUGUGGGCGGGGCUGUGGGCGGGGCAUGGUGAUGACUGUGUUUCUGGAGGAGUAGUUUCAGCCUUCGCACUGCAGGACUCUUCUCUGCAGCCCCACUGUUCCACGCAGGACACCUGCCUUCAUCUUCAUCUUCUUCCUCUGGCCUUCCACUAAAGGUACUAGGAGACAACCCGUCCCCUUCCUUUCAAAAUGGGGUCUUGGAGGAGCCCCAAGCCUCAAAAGACUCUUAGGGGAGAUUAAGAAAGCUCUGGACCUGUUGCUUUCAUGGUACAGGGUUCGGGGGCGUGGUCUAUCGCCUGUCAAUCAUCCGUUUCUACAUCCAGUCAUUGUUACCUGUUGGCCAGCUCGCCCCCUAAAGCCCGCCUCCAGCAGUGACCCUCCCACUGUGCUGGCCUCCAAUCAUAUUCCUUUAGCGGCCUUCUAAACUGCUGGGCUUUUUUGUUGGUGUACGUGCGUGUGCGUGUGUACACGCAAAGGCAUGAGUCAUAUUGUAUUUUUUUAAAGAAAGCAUAUCAGGCAAGCUAAAGAAAUGUUAUAUUGCACAUUUUACAGUUGUGGUGUUGUUGACAGUUUGUUCGGAGUUGUCAAACCUGUGUGUUUGUGUAUGUCUGUGUGUAUAUUAGCACAUGGUUCUGAAUCAGUGUGUGUGUGUGCGCAUGUGCUUGUGUGUGCUUGUGCGUGCUUGUGUGUGUGUGCGCGCGCGUAUGUGUGUGGGGGGGGUUUGUGUGUGUGCGUGUGCACUUUAUGUCUGUGCUAGUGUGCGUGCGUGUGACUAGUUGGGGGUGAGGGAGGAGGGAGGGGGAUUGUGGGAUUGAAUUGUUUGAGACGCACGCGUGAUGAUGUCAGUGUUCCACCCGCCUUUUCCUGGUCACUGAUCCGAUGCUGUGUCACGCUGGGUCUGGCUGCUCCUGUCUUCCUGUGCAGUCUGCAUGGCCUCUUCCUCUUUUCUGUUUUCUUUUUUGUUUUAUAGCUUUUUAACGGCAUUAUUAUCUUGAAUUUGCUGUGUGUUUUUACAGGAAUGGGAGAGUGACCAUUUUACAUUCGAGCCAGGGAUUCUUUUUCAGAGCAAAAUAAGGAAUAAAUGGUGUAUGAAUGUGCACAUAUAGUUAUUAUUUAAGAAUUGUGUGCAUACAUUUCCCUGCAUGCCUGUAAGGUGGAAAUGCUUCCCUGUUGGCUUUCUACUGCAAAGCAUUAAACAUUCUUUUUUAGAAAGUGAUAUUUCUAAAGAAAUGUGCAGUUUAAUUUUUUUAAAAUCAUUUUAAUCAGUGUGGCUAAAUUCAUACCAUGGGACUGAAGGUUUUGCAGUAGACUAUUGGCUAUAAAGGCUGUGCAAGUGAGUAUUAUUUGAACUGAACUCCUUUUAAAAAUUCAUUUGCCAGUUUCUUCAGGCAGCAGUUUUCCAAUAUUUUGCUAUAUUUUUACUGUGUGAAUGCUGGCUAACAGGACACUUCCAAAGAUAGCUGGGCACUCCAUUUCCCAUUGCUGAAAAAUACUGUGCCUUGCUUUUGAAGCUCUCCCUCUCUCUCUCCCUCUCUCUUUUUCUCUCUCUCUCUAUGUGUACCCUUUCACCUGAUACAUUACUGUUUUUGUGGGAGUAGUUUUUAUGGCCUGUGCUCAGUGACCUUGUUCAGGAGGUGUGUGAGUUGUUACUCUCUGCCAUCUCGCCUUGGCACAUGAUGAUUACACUCCUUUGGCCUUGUGUCUGCUUCUCUAUUCCCUUUACUGUUUCAGCAUUUUAACAGCGAGUUCCUGAAAAAGGCCGUUAAAUGAGCAGUUUACUCCUGUGGACAGUGAGCUGAAGUGCAUGCUCUGGGAUCUCCCUGCUCUGGGAUCUCUCUGCUCUGGGAUCUCUCUGUUCUGGGAUCUCCCUGCUCUGGGAUCUCCCUGCUCUGGGAUCUCUCUGCUCUGAGAUCUCCCUGUUCUGGGAUCUCUCUGCUCUGGGAUCUCUCUGCUCUGGGAUCUCCCUGUUCUGGGAUCUCUCUGCUCUGGGAUCUCUCUGCCCUGGGAUCUCCCUGUUCUGGGAUCUCCAUGCUCUGGGAUCUCUCUGCUCUGGAAUCUCUCUGCUCUGGGAUCUCCCUGUUCUGGGAUCUCCCUGUUCUGGGAUCUCUCUGCUCUGGGAUCUCCGUGCUCUGGGAUCUCUCUGCUCUGGAAUCUCUCUGUUCUGGGAUCUCCGUGCUCUGGCACAGCUGUGUCUCAGUAGAGCUGCCAGUUCAGGCCUUUCCGUGUCAGAUAUCUGAUGGGUUUUUGUUUAAUAUGAUUCUGCCACAUAAUGCCACUCAUUGUCUCUUAUACUUUGUGUUCCUCUGCCAAUAUUGUUUCACGUUUAUACCAAAGUACCACUUCUAUGCUUUGGCAAUACUAAAAUGCUGCUUGUUUUUGUAUUGUUAAAAAAAAACAUGCAUUCCUUUUUUUGAUGUCAUUUUUAAAUGUUGAGUAAUUGUACAUUCUGUAAAGCAUGUAAAAAAAAAAAUAAAGAAAACCCUGAAAUGUAGCCGUCCUUAAAACAAUAAACACAGACUCAUACAUUGUU